AUGGAGCUACCGCAGCUGCCGCCGAAGGAUGCCAAGCGCAGCGACCUGGUUGCCAGCCACCGCGGGCCGACGAAGCGCUCGAACUGGAUGGUCCCUGGCAGGCUCAUGGCUGGUGACCGCAGCAGCCUCGAUUCCGAGGAGUCGCUGCGUGCCAUCUUCUCAAGCGGCGUGACCACGGUGGUGUGCCUUCAGACGAGACAGGAGACGUCAGCUGCAGUGGACUACAGAAAGAAGGCAAAGGCGCUGAACCCUCGCGUGGCCUUCGUUGAGCAGCCGAUCCCGGACCAGGAGGUGACAGACGACGCCAUGGUCGAAGAGUUGGUCUCGCAGCUGCUUGAGCGCCUAGCUGGCGGCGAGGUCCUCUAUGUGCACUGCCGCGGCGGGCAUGGGCGCACAGGAACCAUUUGCGCCAUUCUCCUCGGACGCAUGUACAAGCUCUCUGCAGCGGAAGCCAUGGCUCGGACUCAGGUUUACCAUGAUGUCCGGCAGCAGCCCGUUUUUGCCGCCGAGGGCUACGAGGAGACCAAGGAUGGUUCCAGCUGCGUGAUCCUCUUCCCAUCACAGAGGCAGCAGGUCGUCCGGCUACUCCGGGGAGAGGCGGCAGUUCCGGCGCUGGACAGGGCAAGCAGCGCAGCCUACGGCCCCGGCGCGUCGAAGUAUCCGGUGGAAAAGAUGGUCGAAUGGCAGGGCAAGGCGAAAGAGGCCGCUGAAGCGCUGAACAGCGGCAAGCAGAAGACGGAGGGAAAGGAGGAGGAACUUCAGAAGGCGGUGGAUCUUUUCUGGCAGGCUGCGAAGCUCCGGCCCGACUUUGCGCGAGGCUACCUGGGACUCGCGAGAGCUCUGCGCCUCCUGAAGCAGCCGGCAGACGCCAAGCAUGCGGUACUCCACGGCCUUGAGCACUGCACUGACGACGGGGCGCUCCUGCAAGAGCUCCAGAAGAUCGACAAGGAGCUCGAAAAGCAAACCAUCGUCGAAGAGGAGCAGGAGGCUCCCGCGGCUGCGGCAGAGCCGGCAGCUGCCCCCGCAGCGGCACCAGCCAUGACCUGGAAGCCGAAGGUCGCCAAGCCUUCCCUGGUGAUGCUGAUGGGUCUUCCCGGCUGCGGCAAGCACCUUGCUUAA